AUGGACAUGCGGGAUUUAUAUAACACGCUAGGCCCGCUAGGCAUACGAGGUAUGCUUGUGGGGAAACCCUUCAACAAUGUUCAACAAACUUGCAGUGGCUCUACCUUUGUACCGAGAUUCCUGCUGCUGCUGCUGCUGGUGCUGCUCAUUGGAGUUGAUCUACCCGAUGGUCAAUUGGGACGCCUUAAAGAGCUCUUCCUCCUGAAGAGUGAAUGCUUCGGUCCAUCCGAGUUCAAUCAGUUGCCAACAGUCAAGUCUGUUGACAUAUUUAUUUGUCAUUCUUGGUCGUGCUCUUCGUGGAUCAAGAUUUUGGCUCUUUGCCAUUAUUUACACCUGGAUUGGGCGGUCACAGCAGCUAGCUUCGUGACCCUUUUGGCGGUCUUCACACUGGUAGUCUGUGCAGGAAGCUUUCAUGAAGUCUCAGAGGCUGGUGAGAUGGUGCUGAGUGGGGCCUUUGUAUGGGGUCCCGCGGCAAUUUUCUUUUCAGUCUACUUCUUCGGGCAUUUGUUGCGCAGCAAAGCCCUUUGGUUUGACCGCAUUUGCGUGAACCAGGUGGACCUAGCGCUGAAAGCCCAAACAAUCCAAGGAAUCCCUGCUUUUGUUUCGCAGGCAGCACGGAUGGUAUUGUUGUGUUUCCAAAAUGUCGACUUGUGCAAAUUGCAGCUUGGGGCAUUGUGGGUACCGAGAACGAUGCCCAGUUCAAUGGUCGCGUUGAAGGGUGUGACCAAACCCCUGCCGCAGCAGAACGCGCUGCGCUUGCCCAUGCUGUUCUUGCCGCCCACAGAGCCCAGGUUCCUGUAA